AUGUCUCCCGUAAACAGUCUCCUUCCCGCAAGGGAGUCAGCCAUCGGUCUUUCAAAUACCCAAGCCCUCGACAAGCACGACUUCCCUCUCACAGCCCAGCCCACGGCAUUCGGUGAGCCCAUAAUUGACAAGUACUACGAGUUGGACGCCCGAGACACGAUGGCUGCCAGCCCAAACCCUUCCCAAUCGAGCACAGAGGUGCCGGAGCUGCCCCGAAAGAGCGUCCUCAGGGCCUCGCAGCUCCUGGACAACCUCACGUUGAAGAUGAAUGACGGCGUCGAGACCAUCGAAUUGAGGGAAACCAUCCCCCCUCACGAUGUUUACCUUUCUUCCGAGGAGGAUGCCUCGUCUGAUACCGACGAUUUCUCUGACUUCGACUUCGAUUAUGACGACUCGAGCAUCGAGGAUCCCGCUUCCCCCACGACCAGGAGUAGCCAGGAGAGCACAGCCAGGAAGGUGUCGGUGGUGUUCUCGGGCAAGCCAUCUCUUGUGGACCUGCCAGCGACAAGGAAACGUCCGACGUCAGCAAGUUCUUUGGCGAUGUCACCUCUUACAAGAUCAAGGACCACUUCUGCUGCCUCAUCCCAAGCACCAACAACGACAACGACAACAACAUCAUUAGCAAUUACUGAGUCCUCCCGGCCAGCCACCCCGGCAAGCAGCUCCUCCAAGUCGCUCCAGCGGAAGAGUGUCCACCUGGGCGAGCUUCUCGGCAAGAAGAGGCCCCCAUUCCUCAACAUCGAUCCUUGCGCAAGCAGCUCUCGUCACGAGCCACUCCUCGAGAGCGGGCAACAACAACACCAUGUUGUUAAGACCCCACGCACUCCGACGACCCUUCUCAGAGGUGUGACAAGGUCAAUAAGCCUAGUCCGGAAGCGGAGCCGGCCGCUGAUUCAUACGGCCUCUGCUUCCCAUACCGCUGUUGGACCCUCGCCUCUCUCGGCUACUGUGCCUUUGUCGGCUACCGAGCCCCCGUCGCGGUUGAGCUCUCCGUUCCAGCCCGCGGACUCCAUUAACAACUACAGGAACUCGCUACAGUCGCCUGCUACAGUGAUGCAUGUCGAGCAUAAGCCCCAGCAACAUCAACAACAGCGCCGUGAAGAAGUUCAUCUGCCCAAGCGGCCGAGGACCCCAUCGACGCCAAUCCUCUUUACCGAGAUGAUUCAGGCGGUUCAGCGCAGCGCGACCAUGGUCGAGUCUUCCUCCAAUGUUAUGUCACCGACCGAGCCGACUCCGAAGAAGGGGCUCCUUAGUGCCCUGGCGAUGAGGAGAAGAAGUAUCAAGAUUAUGGGGAGGCCAUUUUAA